AUGGCACAUUUACGGCACAGAAGAGAACAGAGACCUGCAACCGUGCAGAAUGAAAGAGAGGAGAAAUUAGAUGUGAAACAGGAAUCCGAUAGUCCUUACGAAAAGGCAAAAAGAGCAAAUUUUGUUCGGAACUAUUUAGAGCCUGUUUUAGGACCCCUCCUACUAACGGCAGUCGCAUUUUACUUGAGGUCGUAUCAUCUCGCUGAAAACAAGCAUGUCAUUUGGGAUGAAGCUCAUUUUGCCAAGUUUGGUGCCUUCUAUAACAGACAUGAAUUCUAUCACGAUGUCCACCCUCCUCUAGGUAAAAUGCUCUGUGGCUUAAGUGAGUAUCUCUCCGGGUUCAAUAACUCGAAAUUCAUGUUUGAGAGUGGAAAAUCAUACCCGAGAGAUAUAAACAUUAAGCAGAUGCGUCUUUUCCAGGUCGUAUUCAGCACACUAGUGGUUCCAAUGUGCUACUACACUUGUAAGCAAAUGCAAUUGAGCCUCUGGAGCACGUAUCUCAUUUCUCUUAAUGCCUGCUUUGAGAUAUCGUUCAUUGUGCUUGGCAAGUUUGUUUUGCUAGACAACUUCCUUAUCUUCUUUAUAACAGCUUCAUUCAUGUGCUUUUCACGUGUCUUCAAUCUACGAAAGAGAGAGGGUUCCAGGCUUUGGAAAGUCUGGAUGCUUUUAACUGGUGUUUCUAUCGGUUGUGCCUGCUCAGUUAAAUGGGUUGGACUGUUUGUGACCGCCGUUAUUGGUCUCUACGUGAUUUUGGAUCUCUGGAUCAAAUUUUGGGAUACGCAGCAUUUCACUUGGAAGAAGUACUCCCGUUGCUGGGCUUACCGUAUCAUAUACUUGAUCAUCGUUCCAAUCAUGAUGUAUUUGCUCUUCUUCAAAAUACACUAUGCACUUCUUUAUAAGCCAGGAACGGGCUCGGGCUCCAUGUCGACACUUUUCCAGGUCAACCUUCGCCAAACAGAUAUUGGAGAUCAGCCUCGACUUGUUAAACUUGACAAUACAGUCACUAUUAGAUCUCAGGGUCCUUCUCCUAACUUGCUACACUCUCAUCCACAACUUUAUCCGGAUGGAUCAAACCAGCACCAGGUUACUACUUAUGGCUAUAAAGACACCAACAAUGUUUGGACUUUUAGACCAGCCAGAGAGGACUGGUCAUACACUGAUUAUCUCAAAGACGGUGAUGUCAUUCGUUUAAAGCACACAAACACGGCUGCAAAUCUACACUCGCAUGAGAUUCAUGGCCAUGUUAGCCCUGAGUUUUAUGAAGUCAGUGGCUACGGAGAUGAAGCCAUCGGAGAUGAAAAAGACGACUGGGUAUUUGAGGUCAUGGAUCAGAUACACUCAUCAAAUACUACAUAUGCCAAUGUCAACGAGCAGGACCCUGAAUAUUUCGACUAUAUCCACCCUGUCUCGACUUCCUUCAGACUUAGACACAAGUAUCUUGGCUGCUACUUGGCUACCACAGGUAAGGCAUACCCUGCCUGGGGCUUUAAGCAAGGUGAAGUCAUCUGCAAGCCAGCAGCACCAAAAGACAGUUUCCGGGCUAGAUUUGAUAAAUCCACAUGGUGGAAUAUCGAGUCCGUGGAGAAGUCCAAUGUUCCGGUGGAUCACGAAUAUAAAUAUCCGAAAAGCAGCUUUUUGGACGAUUUCCUUAUGACACAAAGAGCCAUGAUGGCCUCCAACAACGGUCUAAUUCCAGACGACGAUAAAGAUGAUGUUAUUUCGUCGUCCUGGUGGGAAUGGCCUCUUCUCAGAGGUGGAAUAAGAAUGUCCAGCUGGUCUUCCUAUGAAAGACGUUACUACAUGUUUGAUAGUCCAUUUGUUAUGUGGUCUACAACUGCUGCAGUAUUGGUCUUUGUACUGAUUAUGUUGAGACUCGCCAUCUUAUGGCAAAGACAAACUCUUUUUCUUGAUGAGAGUACCACCUCAAGAUUGCUCAUAACUGGAGUAGCACCAUUUUUGGCAUGGUUCAUUCAUUACCUUCCAUUCAUUAUUAUGGGUAGAGUAACCUAUUUCCACCAUUACACUCCGGCAUUAUACUUUGCCAUUUUCAUUGCAGCCUUUGUGGUAGACUAUCUAACGCAUGGAUUCAACAAAUAUUUGAAGGCAUCCAUUUACAUUUCAUUAUAUUCGAUGUUGCUCUAUUUCUUCUAUCUUUUCGGUCCUACCGCACUGGGAAUGACAGGUAGAGUAGAUAGCUAUAAAUACAUAAACUGGUUCCACGAAUGGACCAUGUCUGAGUAUGCUCCAUUUUCUAUUGAAGCUAUAUGGGAGCACACUCGCGAUGACUUGAUUGACACAUACAAAUAUGUCAAGUCUUUGGUACCAUUAAAAGCAUGA